AUGCAGUUUGAUGAACUCUUAAGUCGAAUUCAAUCGAAUGAAGUUAAAAGAAUGCAUUAUGAAAUCGAAGAACCACUAUCAAUCACCACUUUUAACACUAAUAAUGAAGAUAAAUCAUCCACUGAACUCAAUGGCUAUUUCGUUCAUGCACAAUUACUCAUCGAUGUUGUUCUUCGUAUGAAAGCAUCUUCAACAGACAAAAACGAGUUGAUUGCUUUCUGCAAAGACGAAUAUAAGAAUAAUACGACUGCAUUGACUAUUAUUGCCGAGUUCGAACGAGAUUAUGUACCUGAGAAAGCUGUAUGGUGGUACACAAGAGAAUCCUUUCUUUAUCGAGUAUUAAAUAAAGCACUUCGUAUGCAGAACAUUGAUUUAAUAUUUCGUUUUCGGUUCUUCCUUCGUGAUCUUCUACAACAGCUUAAACAACAUCAAUUGCUGUUACCAAUUCGUGUCUAUCGUGCUCAAUUAAUAUCGUUAGGAGAAUUAGAAAUGAUGAAACAAUCAAUCGGACAUUACCUUUCGAUGAGCUCAUUUCUUUCUACUAGUGUCGAUCGUCAAUUAGCAAUGUUUCUUCUCGGCGAUUCCGACGUAUCAAACGAUUUACUAAGGGUUCUGUUCGAAAUUGACCUUGAUCCUCAAGUCGUUAUAACAAAACCGUUUGCUGAUAUUACUUUCCUCAGUUAUUUCGGUGAAGAAAAAGAAGUGCUAAUUAUGCUAGGCGCUAUUUUUCGUCUGGAGAAGAUUUAUAUGGAUGAAAAUCAAAUUUGGAUUAUUCGAAUGACUUUGUCCAGUGAAAAUGAUCAAGAUUUUAAGAUUUUGUUUGAGUAUAUGAAGAAACAAUACCAAGAUGGAGAAACAGGUCUUCUAUCAUUUGGUGAUUCUCUGUGGAGAAUGGGAAAAUUUGAUGAUGCCGAAAAAUACUAUCGUCAAAUGCUUUUAGAAUUGCCUCAUGGUCAUCAAGAUAUCGCUAUUUGCUAUUACGCACUUGGUUUGGUGGCAUCAGCCAAAGGUGACUUUGACUUGAGCCUUGAAUGGCAUUAUAAAUCUGUGGAGAUGAUAAUACGAACAUUGGGACCAAAUAAUCCUAGUCUUGCUAAUAGCUACAAUAGUAUUGGUGUUGUUUAUAGGCAGAAAGGUAAUAACCAACAGGCACUGGAAUCCUAUAAUAAAGCACUGACUAUUUAUCAACGAAUAUAUGGCGAAGAUCAUCCACGUGUAGCUGCAUGUUUCAAUAAUAUGGCUAAUAUCUAUAAUGAAGUAAAAGACUUUUCAGAGGCACUCAGAUGUCAUCAAAUGGCAUUACACAUAUUUGAGCAGCAUCGUCCUAUCGAUCAUCCGGACCUGGGCAUAGCGCACAAUAGUAUUGGAAGUGUGUAUGGUUCCCUUGGUGAAUAUGAUCUUGCCUUGGAACAUUUUCAUUUAUCAUUGAAAAUCUAUCAAAAGUCUCUACCACCUGAGCAUCCUCAUAUUGCCAUGACGUUAGAAAAUAUCGGCCUUGCUUAUGAAGAUAAUAAUGAAUUAGAACAAGCACUAGAAUUUUAUACAAAAGCAGCAACGAUCUUUCGCCAUUCCUUACCUCCUACACAUCCUCGUGUUGUCGAAAUUGAACGAGACAUCCAGCGUAUUUUAUCUGAUAUCAAUUAA